CAACUGUGUGUAUUAGCCUGAUUUCCCAGAUUUCUACUCCAGAUCCACAAAGAGUGAGCAUAUGACUGGAUUGAAGGAGAAGUUCAAGCGAAUCUGUGACAGAUCUACAAUUAUAAAACGUCAUCUCUACAUGACUGAGGAAAUGAUCGAGGAGAACCCCGACUUCUACAACUCCAUGGCUCCAACACUUGAUGCUUGCCAAGAUAUUAUGGUUGUUGAGGUUCCCAAGUUGGCUAAAGAAGCAGCUUUAAAAGCCAUCAAUGAAUGGGGGCAGCCCAAAUCAAAGAUCACCCACAUUGUAUUCACUACCAUUUCUGGUGUUGAUGCUCCUGGUGCCAACUUCCAACUCAUCAAGCUCCUUGGCCUUUCACCAACUGUCAAACGUGUGAUGAUGUAUCAUCUAGGUUGCUACGGUGGUGGCAGUGUCCUUCGUGUUGUCAAAGAUCUGGCUGAGAACAAUAAAAGUGCUCGUGUCCUUGUUGUUUGCUCGGAAUUAAACUCUGUUAGUGGCUUCAAGGGACCUUCUGAGACCGACUUCCACACCCUACUUGGGCAGGCAAUCUUCGCAGAUGGCGCUGCAGCUUUAAUAGUUGGUGUAGACCCUGACACAUCAGUUGAGCGCCCACUAUUCCAACUCUUCUCAGCAGGUUCUCGAAUUCUCCUAGACUCAGAUGAUAUGGUUGAAGGCCACUUGCGUCAAACGGGUCUUUCAAUCAGCUUAUCCAAGGAUGUAGCCAAAACUAUUUCUGGGAACAUUGGAAAAUGUUUGGAGGAAGCAUUCAACAAGAUCGGUAUUAGUGAUUGGAACUCCAUUUUUUGGGUAUCUCACCCUGGUGGGCUGGUAAUUUUGGAUCUGAUCGAAGGGACCCUUGGUUUGAAGGAGGAGAAACUGAUGGCAUCAAGAAAAGUGUUGAGCGAAUUUGGUAAUAUGUCAAGCUCCACUGUGAUGUUCAUUUUGGAUGAGAUGAGGAACAAGUCUAUAAAGGUAGGGAAAGCCACAACCGGAGAAGGGUUUGAUUGGGGUGUGCUAUUAGGGUUUGGACCGGGUCUAAUUGUGGAGACAAUUAUCUUGCGUAGCAUCAGUACAAUUUAAUCCGGGCUUGCUGAUCUUAUCAAUUUGCAUUGAAUAUUUGUAGGCACACUUUCCUCUAUGGGGUUUUGUUGGGGUUUUCUAUAUAGCUUUAUAUUAUGUGCCUUCCUUGCUUUGAUUGGUUGGUUCUCUUUGAGAUUUUUU